GCUCCUGAGACGUUCCGUUUGAAAAGUGGGGCCGGGGCUUGUGGCACCAAGCGGGGAUCGUCGCGGGCGCUGCGGGGCAGCUCCCUCGUCCCCGCGCGCCGAGGGUCCCGCGGGAGAUGCUGCAGCUCGGCCUGCGCUUCUGGAGGAUAGCGCUGUGAAUGACCAAAGUUCUCCAACUUGAUGGAGUGUCAGAGUGCCCUAAGAAUAAAUAUGGCAGAGCUUUCAGAGCCAGAAGGACUGGUAGAUUGGAAAGAACGAUGCAUAGCUCUGGAGUCUCAGCUCAUGAAAUUCAGAGUUCAAGCAAGCAAGAUACGAGAGCUCUUAGCAGAGAAAAUGCAACAGCUAGAGAGACAAGUUAUUGAUGCUGAACGUCAAGCAGAAAAGGCUUUUCAACAGGUACAGGUUAUGGAAGAGAAAUUGAAAGCUGCUAACAUUCAAACCAGUGAAUCAGAGACACGACUAUAUAAAAAGUGUCAGGAUCUGGAGUCUCUAAUGCAGGAGAAGGAUGACAUCAUUCAGAACUUGGAACUGCAACUUGAAGAGCAGAAACAAGUAAGAAUACAAGAAGCUAAAAUAAUAGAAGAAAAAGCAGCUAAGAUCAAAGAAUGGGUAACAGUUAAGUUAAAUGAGCUGGAAGGGGAGAAUCAGAAUCUUCGUUUUAUCAACCAAAGUCAAACUGAACAGAUAAGAGCAAUACAGUCAAAAUUACAAGAACUUCAAGGGAAGAAGGCACCUGCUGUCUUUACACCAAGGGUUUCCGAAGGACAGCGUCUGAGCAGCUUGACAUUUGGGUGCUUCUUAUCCCGAGCAAAGAGUCCUCCUCAAAUAGUAAAACCUGAGGAAAUGAGCAAGAUGUCAUCAUCCAAAGAACACAAGUUCACUGAAGGAAAACAUGCAGAAGAAAUGGAAAUUGCAGAGAUGUCUACUAAUAACCAAGUUCAAGAAAACAACAGAAGCCAGAGAUCAUCGCAUGAAACCUCCUGUGGCUUGGAACAGAAUCGGAAAACAAGAACAAGCUUUGCGACAGAUGGUAGUAUAUCCCAGAAUUCUGGGGCUCCAGUGAGUGACUGGAGUUCUGAAGAGGAAGAUGAGGGCAAGGGCAGAUCCAAGUCCAGGUGCACGUCCACCCUUUCCAGCCACACGUCGGAGGAAGGUGCCCAGUGUGGCAGGAUGGGGAGUGAAGCGUAUCUGACAGCAUCUGAUGACAGCAGUUCUAUAUUUGAAGAAGAGACUUUUGGUCUAAAGAGGCCAGAACACAAAAAGCUAUAUUCUUGGCAACAGGAGGCACAGUGGAAAGCCAGGAAUAGCCUUGCAAAGGGGAACUCUGAGUCAAGUAAAAAGGAGCAGGAUAGUUCCUCAGAUGAACUGAAUAAAAAAUUUCAGUCCCAAAGACUGGAUUAUUCCUCCUCAUCGAGCGAGGCCAACACCCCAAGCCCUAUUUUGACCCCAGCUUUAAUCCCAAAGCAUCCUAACUCACUCCCUGGAAGAGGAACACAGUUAGUGCCUUCAUCACACCUGCCACCCCCCAAGUUAAGGAUUCCUAAUGUUUUCAGCAUAAGUGUGGCAUUCACCAAAAGGCACUUGAGCCAGCCACAGUUGUGUUCCGACAGGAUGUUUGGCUCAAACAGAAAUGCUAUCAGCAUGAUAAGACCACUGAGACCUCAGGAGACGGAUCUGGAUUUAGUUGAAGGUGGCAGUAUGGAAAUCACGGAAAGCCAAGAUGCAGGCUGUGAGGAUGGAUUAUUUUCCUACAGCUCCCCGGACGAUCAGGACAGCAGUGAGCCAGCCAAGAAGGCAGCGUGCAGCAAGCCUCCCACUCCGCCCCUGCACCGGUUUCCCUCUUGGGAAAGCAGAAUUUAUGCUGUAGCCAAAUCAGGCAUUCGAAUGUCUGAAGCCUUCAAUAUGGAGAAUGCUAAUAAAGAUUCUGCCAACAUACUUUCCUAUUCCACAUCGGGCCUUUAUACGUCUCUGAUAUACAAGAACAUGACAACGCCAGUGUAUACGACGUUGAAGGGGAAGGCGACGCAAAUAAGCAGCAGCCCUUUCCUGGAUGAUUCAUCUGGCUCGGAGGAAGAGGACAGCUCCAGGUCCAGCUCUCGAACAUCAGAGUCAGAUACUCGCAGCCGCAGUGGACCAAGCAGCCCCAGAGCCAUGAAGCGAGGUGUGUCUGUCUCUUCUGUGGCUUCUGAAAGUGAUUAUGCCAUUCCUCCUGAUGCUUACUGCACAGACACUGAGUGCUCACAGCCGGAGCAGAAGCUGCCCAAAACCUGCUCAUCUUCCAGCGAUAAUGGGAAAAAUGAACCAUUAGAAAAAUCUGGCUAUCUACUAAAAAUGAGUGGGAAAGUCAAGACUUGGAAGCGGAGGUGGUUUGUUCUUAAAGGGGGUGAAUUACUUUACUACAAAUCUCCGAGUGAUGUAAUUAGAAAACCCCAGGGCCAUAUUGAACUUAGUGCAUCCUGCAGUAUUUUAAGAGGAGAUAACAAACAAACAGUUCAGCUGACCACAGAAAAACACACAUACUAUCUGACUGCAGAUUCUCCCAAUAUAUUGGAAGAAUGGAUUAAAGUAUUACAGAAUGUUCUACGAGUACAAGCUGCUAACCCACUUUGCCUGCAGCCUGAGGGCAAACCAACAGUGAAAGGCUUGCUCACCAAGGUAAAACAUGGAUAUUCCAAGAGAGUCUGGUGCACACUUGUUGGAAAGAUAUUGUAUUAUUUUCGUAGUCAAGAAGAUAAGUUUCCUCUAGGUCAGCUCAAACUCUGGGAGGCAAAAGUUGAAGAGGUGGACAGGUCCUGUGAUUCAGACGAAGAUUAUGAAGCCAGUGGACGUAGUCUGUUGUCCACUCAUUACACCAUAGUUAUCCACCCCAAAGACCAAGGCCCCACUUACCUACUGAUUGGCUCCAAGCAUGAAAAGGACACCUGGCUUUAUCAUCUCACAGUUGCAGCUGGAAGUAACAAUGUAAAUGUUGGAUCUGAAUUUGAACAGCUGGUUUGCAAACUACUAAAUAUAGAAGGGGAGCCUUCCUCCCAGAUAUGGAGACACCCCACUUUGUGUCACAGCAAAGAAGGGAUCCUGUCCCCUCUCACCACGCUGCCUUCUGAAGCUCUGCAGACAGAAGCUAUAAAGCUAUUUAAGACCUGCCAGCUUUUCAUAAAUGCCGCAGUCGACUCCCCUGCGAUUGAUUAUCAUAUAUCUCUAGCUCAGAGUGCUUUGCAGGUCUGUCUAACACAUCCUGAGCUACAGAAUGAAAUUUGCUGUCAGCUUAUUAAACAGACAAGACGAAGACAGCCACAGAAUCAGCCAGGACCAUUGCAGGGCUGGCAGCUCUUGGCACUCUGUGUUGGGCUCUUCCUUCCCCAUCAUCCAUUCCUGUGGCUCCUCCAGCUCCAUCUAAAGAGGAAUGCAGAUUCCAGGACGGAAUUUGGAAAAUAUGCCAUUUACUGCCAGAGAUGUGUAGAAAGAACACAGCAAAAUGGAGAUCGAGAAGCGAGACCCUCAAGAAUGGAAAUUCUGUCAACUCUUCUUCGAAACCCUUAUCAUCAUUCUCUGCCCUUCAGUAUACCAGUGCACUUCAUGAAUGGGAUCUAUCAGGUAGUUGGGUUUGAUGCCUCCACCACAGUGGAAGAAUUUUUGAAUACUUUGAAUCAGGACACAGGAAUGAGGAAGCCGGCACAGUCGGGAUUCGCAUUGUUCACUGAUGACCCUUCUGGCAGAGACUUAGAGCAUUGUCUUCAAGGAAACAUCAAGAUUUGUGACAUUAUUUCUAAGUGGGAGCAGGCUUCUAAAGAACAACAGCCUGGGAAGUGUGAAGGCACAAGAACUGUUCGUCUGACUUACAAAAACAGACUGUAUUUCUCAAUGCAAGCUCGUGGAGAGACUGACAGAGAAAAGUUGCUGUUGAUGUAUCAGACAAAUGAGCAAAUAAUAAAUGGCCUUUUCCCUCUGAACAAGGAUCUGGCCCUAGAAAUGGCUGUUCUUUUAGCUCAGGUGGAGAUUGGGGAUUUUGAAAGACCUUUCUCAACUCCAGCGGGGCAAGUUACUAACCAGUACAAAGCAAAUCAAACUCUCAAACAAGUCAUAGAGAAAUUUUACCCUAAAAGGUACAGAGAUGGCUGUUCUGAAGAGCAGUUAAGGCAGCUUUACCAGAGACUCUCUACCAGAUGGAUGGCCCUCCGGGGACACAGCGCUGCCGACUGUGUGCGCAUUUAUUUGACAGUAGCCAGGAAGUGGCCAUUCUUUGGUGCCAAGUUGUUUUUUGCAAAACCUGUUUCCUCAUCAUCACUUGGCAACACUUUCAUGUGGCUGGCUAUCCAUGAAAAUGGAUUAAGCAUCUUAGAGUACACCUCCAUGAGGUUGAUAAUCAGCUAUGUAUACAAAAGUCUGAUGACCUUUGGAGGCUAUCAAGAUGAUUUUAUGGUGGUCAUUAAUACACAUUCAAAAGACAAACCAACAGAGAAAUUACUUUUUGCCAUGGCAAAACCCAAGAUUCUUGAAAUCACUCUUCUGAUUGCCAGUUACAUCAAUAACGUCUAUCAACAGAAGACAGCGUUUCACCACCUCUCUGCCCCAGCACUGCUGUCAGCCAGGACCCAGGGAUCCGAGGCCAGGGUGAUGGGAAGCCAGCCCCUCCUGUCAAGCAGCAGACCUACCAAAGGCCCCACCUUACUCUGAAGUUUCCAGACUUUGAACAUUCCACUCUUUGUCCUCCACACCAGUGACUGCAUUCUCUGCAAACCAGUGUGUUUGUACCCUGCCAGUAUGACAUUACACACCGCACACAACCGGCACUCCAGACUUUAGCAAUAAUGGAGUUACUCUCUUAUCUGACUCUUAAACAUUCAAAUAACAAUAAAACAUAAAAAAAUACCAAACAUGCUCAUUUUGUCUUAGAUAAAAUAGGUUAGAAUUUGGCAUCUUUUUUGCAUCUCCUUUCUCCCUUCAUGAUCAUUAGACAUCAUGCAACAAUACUCCUCAUUCUUUUAAAUAUUCUGGCAAUCUAUGGAAAGGGAGAUUCCAAACCCUUAUUUGGUAAACCAGCUGAUUAUUUGGAAAAGAUCACUGCCAAAAAUAAAAGUGUAAGUAUUGUAAUUAAAUGUACCUUUAGCUAAUAAAAUGGUAUGUGAAAAGGAGUAGGGUACAGUGUGAGACUGGGGGACAUAUGCAGGGGGCACAUCCUUAGAGCAAGUGCAAUACAUUUUCCGAGUCUAUGAAAACAGGAGAGAACCUCCUCUGCAGUGAUAGAAAGUCUACACCCUGACGUCUUACAGAUCACUGGAGUGUAGAGUUUUAAAUGAGGUUGCAAUUCGUGGCAUUCCUAGCUGUCAGCAUAACAUAAAUUCACCGGAAUAUUGCCCCACAUUUCACUACAUUUAAGGCUAAGUCAAUUUGACCUUGCUUUGUUAAAAAUAAUAGUGUCUUUGGAAACAAAGAUGAUCCUUAAAGCUGUCCCUCAUACAAUGUCUUUUUCUAAUUACAGUUUAAAUUUUAAAAAACUAUUUUAAUAAAAAAUAUUUAUGCCAAAUGAAGUAAAUUUUUAGUUGAAAAAAUCUUGUAUUGCUUUUACUAGGUUGCUAUGUUAGUUUUCUUGUUACUGUGGCAAAAUACUUGACAGAAACAAUGUAAGGGAGACAGGAUCUAUUUUGCUGUUUCUGAGGGCUCAGUCCAUGGUUGCCUGCCCCUGGGCACUUGGGCAGAACAUCACGGUGGCGCACGAUGCAAGACAUUUCUUCAUCUCAUGGUAGACAGGAAACAGAGAGAAAGGAGGGACACAAAACUUCAACAGCAGGUCUCCAGUUGACUCCUCCAGAUAGGCCCCAACUCCCCCAAAUUUCCAUCAUCUCUCAAAGUAGCACUACCUAUCUGGGAACCAAGUAGUCAACACAUGAGCCUAUAGAGACCAUUUCAUAUUAAAAUCAUAACAGUUACAUAAGUGGUCAGUGCCUCCUAGUAUGUGUCAAAACAAUGUAAUUAGUAUUCAUGAUAAAAAUGAAACUGUGAUAAGACAUGAAAAUUAUAUUAUAAAAAUGUUUAACUGUAAUAGUAAUAAUCAUAAGUCAACCUAAUUUUAUUUAUGUGUAGAAUAUGUGUAUUUAUUUUUGGACAUAUAUUUAUCACUUUGUGUGCCAUAGUUUUUAAA